GCGAGGGGGCAGGGCUGGGCCGGGCCGGGGUUGGCGGCGGCUGCGCAGCUCUGCGGGGGUUGUGUCCGGGUGGCUCCGCGGUCUCAGCGGAGAGAGGCGGCGGGGUGCGGGAGUCCGUGACUUCCAGCCGGCGACUGGGCCGCAGCGUGUCAGCGGCGACGAGGGAAGGACGGUGAGGACGGUCCCUGUUCCCGCGCCCGAUUUCCUUUCUGGAUGUUUCUUCAACUGCUUGUGACGAAUGGGAAAUAUAUUUCAAGUUGUAAUGGAUUUUAGACAACAUCAGAACGAAAGCUGGCCUAGUAGCAGCAUUUCUGCCUGAAGAGGAUAAGCACCAUUACAAAUAAUCAUGACAACUUCUCAUAUGAACGGACAUAUCACAGAAGAUUCUGACAAUGAAGGGAAAAAUGUGGACCUUGCAUCUCUUGAAGAACCUCAGAAGCACAGAGAAAUGGCUGUUGAUUGCCCUGGGGAGUUGGGCUCCAGGAUGAUGCCCAUACGGCGAAGCGCUCAGCUUGAGCGAAUCCGUCAGCAGCAGGAGGACAUAAGGCGCAGGCGGGAAGAAGAGGGAAAGAAGCAAGAACUGGACCUUACUGCUUCCAUGAGGCUAAAGAAACUAGCACAAAUUCCUCCUAAAACUGGAAUAGAUAAUCCAAUAUUUGACACAGAGGAAGGAAUUGUUUUGGAGAGUCCCCAUUAUACUGUGAAGACAGUAGAAGUGGAAGAACUGUUAACUUCUCUUAAGCAUAUCCAGCACGUUUUGGUAGACCCUCAGAGCCAAGAGGAUAUCUCUCUCAUUUUACAGCUUGUUCAAAAUAAUGAUUUUCAGAGUGCAUUUAAGAUACACAAUGCUGUUACAGUGCACAUGAACAAGGCCAGCCCUCCAUAUCCUCUCAUCUCCAAUGCACAGGAGCUGGCACAGGAGGUGCAGAAUGUUUUGAAACCCAGUCACCAUAAGGAUGGGCAGGAGCUUAAUGCUUUGCUAAAUGCCCCUCACAUGCAGGCCCUUUUACUGGCUCACGAUAAGGUUGCAGAACAAGAAAUGCAACCGGAGCCCAUGACAGAUGAAAAAAUUUAUGAGAACGUCGGUGUGUAUGGAGGGGAGACAGUUAAAAUAGUUCGCAUCGAGAAGGCUCGAGAUAUUCCUUUGGGUGCUACUGUUCGCAAUGAAAUGGAUUCUGUUAUCAUCAGUCGAAUAGUGAAAGGGGGUGCAGCAGAGAAGAGUGGGCUGCUACAUGAAGGGGAUGAAGUUCUGGAGAUUAAUGGCAUUGAGAUUCGUGGCAAAGAUGUUAAUGAAGUUUUUGACUUGUUGGCUGACAUGCAUGGUACUCUGACCUUUGUACUGAUUCCCAGUCAGCAGAGCAAGCCACCUCCUGCAAAGGAGACAGUUAUACACGUGAAAGCACAUUUUGACUAUGAUCCCUCUGACGACCCUUACGUCCCCUGCCGAGAGUUAGGUCUAUCCUUCCAAAAAGGAGAUAUACUCCAUGUGAUCAGCCAAGAAGAUCCAAACUGGUGGCAGGCUUACAGAGAUGGAGAUGAAGAUAAUCAGCCAUUGGCAGGACUUAUCCCUGGAAAAAGUUUUCAGCAACAAAGAGAAGCAAUGAAGCAAACCAUAGAAGAAGACAAGGAGCCAGAAAAAUCAGGAAAACUCUGGUGUGCAAAGAAAAACAAGAAGAAACGGAAAAAGGUGCUAUACAAUGCAAAUAAAAAUGAUGAUUAUGAUAAUGAGGAAAUUUUGACCUACGAGGAAAUGUCACUCUAUCAUCAACCAGCAAACAGGAAACGUCCCAUUGUUCUGAUAGGCCCACAGAACUGUGGCCAGAACGAGCUGCGGCAGCGACUGAUGAACAAUGAAGUGGAUCGCUUCGCCUCGGCGGUUCCCCAUACUACUCGGAGCAGACGAGAGACAGAGGUGGCUGGCAGGGAUUACCAUUUCAUUUCCCGACAGGCAUUUGAGACUGACAUUGCUGCAGGGAAGUUCAUUGAAUAUGGAGAGUUUGAAAAGAACCUCUAUGGUACUAGCAUAGACUCUGUGCGACAAGUAAUCAACUCUGGCAAGAUUUGCCUUUUAAAUCUUCACACCCAGUCAUUGAAGACACUACGUAAUUCUGACUUGAAGCCAUAUAUUAUAUUUGUUGCACCACCUUCACAAGAGAGAUUACGUGCUUUAUUGGCCAAAGAAGGGAAAAACCCAAAGCCAGAAGAGCUGAGGGAAAUCAUAGAGAAGACAAGGGAGAUGGAACAGAACAAUGGCCACUACUUUGAUACAGCAAUUGUGAAUUCUGAUCUUGAUAAGGCAUAUCAAGAGUUACUUCGGUUAAUAAACAAACUUGACACAGAACCCCAGUGGGUGCCCUCUACCUGGCUGCGAUGAGAGCACAACUGCAAGGGACAAAUGGACUUCAACCUAGCAGUCUGUCCAAGGAGAUUGUGUGUAGAUCUGCCCAGUUCUAAUAUAAAUGUGUGUGAGCUCUAGACCUCAGUGGCUGUAUCCUUUGCCAGGGAAAAUGCCUAUUAUUGAAAAAAUACACUGAUCAGCUUGUGAGAUGAUGAAUCUGAUCAGAAGAUUGUCCAAGUUUUCUUUCACUGUGGUCUAGAAAUGGAGAUCUUGUUAGUACUAAGUUCUAAAGCUUUAGAUUUUUCUAGCAACUACUUUUAUACAUAAAUCUACCUUUUUUACCUAGAAUCACCCUUACAAAAAUCAAAGAUUUUAAGUAUGUGUGUGUGUGUAUAUACAGUCCAUGCUGUCACAUAGUUAUAAAUAUGAAUGUUAUUUAACACUUAACUUAAUGACUUUGUGGGACAUGAUGAUAGUUCAGGAGUAUAAUUCUACAAAUCAUUGGGCAGAAGUAAUCUACACAUGAAAAAUAUUAAUGAGAAAUGUUUCCUGUUCAAACAAUACCCAGAAUGAAGAUGCCUCUCUGGUCUGGAUUGAGCUAAUACUCUUAGUUCUUAAACAUUCCACUUUCUAAUAGCACUGUAAUUGGAAAUUGUGUAUAAUGUAUAUAUUUCAAUGCUUGUGUCUUUUUAGUCAAACUUUUUAAAUCAGAUUUGACUGCACAUUAAUCUUAGGUCCCAAUCAAAGAUUAAUAUUAUAUUGAUCUUUUAGAUGUGAUAUUUUUAUGGAAUUUUCUUUUAAACAUAUUGACUGAUUGGAGCCACUGUUUUCCACAGAUCUGUAGAGAUAUUUAGAGAAGAAGAGGUCUUAUUUUUGUGAAAAAAUACAUAGUUAUAAGACAUGCUGCUUGAAAGUCAACUUUAGUUCUCAUGUUUUAUAACAGAAUACUGACUAAAAUAGACUGAUUUGUUGAACUUUGGAAUAUAGUGGGGUUUUAACCUCUGCAAGUGGUUCAAAUUGUGGCUGUUUGAAUGGAUAGCUGACUGGAAUUAAAAUAGCUGAAUGUAGCUACUGUCUCAUGUGUUGCAAUCACUAGAAACAUUGUCCUACGUUUGCUCAGUACUGCAGUGAGAGGAUGUGUAGAACACUGGCAACUGACUGAGAAGUCACAGGAAAUGGGAAUAUUUUUAAUGGUUAAAACAAACCAAACACUUGAAAAAAAUGAACAGAAGGUAAGGCUCUCUGUAUUCUAGUGUGUCCUGCAAAGCAGAUGGGAACCUCUCUGUGCCCUCAAAUGAUUCUGAGCUGUGAAGGCUUCACUACUGAGGCAUCUGCAGUGAGGCUGUUCUGCCACUGAAGGUAACUGAACAGCAGCAUCUUGGCUGUUUGGGUUUUCAGUAGCACAAAGAAACUUGACUGUGAAUCUCGCUUAAUUUUAGCCAUAGGAUUUCUUAGUUCCUGCAGGUAAAGCACUGGGUUUAAGUCAAUGUAUAGUUCACUCUCAUCUAAUGUUGAAGGAUGAAAAGGUAGUUGAUUUUUUCUCGUUCUGUGUUCUGUAUAUUCUUUCUUCAAAUGGAGCAAAUUCAUACCCAUAAAACAGCUCAAAAUAUAAAGCAGAUACAAAGAAGCUGUCAGAUAACAUAGUUAUUCAGCUAAUGUUCAAUAUGUUUUUGUAUUGAAAAACUGAAGUAGAGAGUGCAUUCCUUUCUUAUUAGGAAGCAGAAUUAUUUGCUGGUUUAAUUAGUAUUUAGAGCCAAAAAGCAACUAAGCAAUUAGUGGGGAUAAGUAAUAAGUCUUCAGAAAGAAAGGGGUUGGAAAUUUUAGUUUAUGUAGCUCAAGUCAGAGUUAGCUGUUGUCUUAAGGGAUGGAUAUUCAAAACAGUGGCUCUUUGCCUCACAUUGCAGUCACAUCCUCAGUUUAAUCCAUAGUUUAAAACAACUAAAAUGCUCAGGUAUAUUGGAUAGUCAGUGUUUCAUAGACAAAAUGUCAUACCAAUUCUAUUCAUUUUCAAGAAAGAUUAUUUGAGAUGUAUUAGGCUUUUUGACAAUGACUUUCACAGCUGGGCAAGAAGUUGGAAAGCAGUAAAAUGUGUUUAAGGGUAAUGCAGCUCAGCUGUGUAGGAACUGUCCAAAUUCUUGUAGUCACAAUCAGAUCAAGAUUGUGUUGUUGACACACGCCCCCCCCCCUUAGGUAUUCAGUGUUCAUAGGCAGUGUUGGUCAGUCAGACCAUUAAUAUAUUUGACUCACGGUGUACAGAAGCUGUUUUCAUACAAAUAAGCUUCUGAAUGUAGACUUAAAAAGUUCAGCCUGAAGUUCAGCUCUAUUCUCUUAAUUCCCAAGGCACACAGUACUUGCUGACAACCAUACAGAGAGGUGCUAUGAUAAUUUAUAACCAAUGUUAGCUUCAUCUCUAGCUGAAAGGCUGGGGCAGCACUGAGAAAUGUACCUGCCUGUACCUCUGCUGCCAGCAUGGACUUGGAAAUACCUUGUGUUAGAAUUUAUUCUGCCUUUAAUGAAGAUUGUGUAUAUCAGUUGCCUUGAGAGUAACAGAGAAUAAUACCAACUUCACUGGUGAACCUCUUCAGCCUCAUUGCAGGCUUUGUACUGAGCUGUAGCAGACUGAAAUGAGGGUAUCUGCUUUUUUACCAGUCCAGAUGUCAUUAAGAGCAACUGUUAGCUGAAGAAAAGAACUCUUCCUGUAGAAGACUUUUUGAAUGUUAUUAUAUGUGACUUUUUAAAAUAAGAGCUGGGCGGUUUAAUGCCUUAAAUAAUUAAGGUAAUUUUACUGAGACCUGUGGUUAGCCCCAAGUUGUACUUUUAUACAUGUAUCAUCUAUUUUGAGACAUCAUGAACUGCACACUAAUGUAAAAAUGUAAAAUAUUUCUAGAUUUAAAAUAAAUUACUGUACAAU